ACCCGCUCCCCCUCCCUCCUUAAAGGUCCGCAGUCUCUGGUCAUCUCCUGUACUGUCUGCAGUCUCUGGUCAUCCCCUGUACUGUGUCCGCAGUCUCUGGUCAUCUCCUGUACUGUGUCCGCAGUCUCUGGUCAUCCCCUGUACUGUGUCCGCAGUCUCUGGUCAUCUCCUGUACUGUGUCCGCAGUCUCUGGUCAUCUCCUGUACUGUGUCCGCAGUCUCUGGUCAUCCCCUGUACUGUGUCCGCAGUCUCUGGCCAUCUCCUGUACUGCGUCCGCAGUCUCUGGCCAUCUCCUGUACUGCGUCCGCAGUCUCUGGUCAUCUCCUGUACUGUGUCCGCAGUCUCUGGUCAUCUCCUGUACUGUGUCCGCAGUCUCUGGUCAUCUCCUGUACUGUGUCCGCAGUCUCUGGUCAUCUCCUGUACUGUGUCCGCAGUCUCUGGUCAUCUCCUGUACUGUGUCCGCAGUCUCUGGUCAUCUCCUGUACUGUGUCCGCAGUCUCUGGUCAUCUCAUCGUAGGUGCGUCUUAU